AUGGAAGAACGACAGAGAAGCAAAGCAGGCAGGUCAUGCGGGAACUGCAGAGGUCGCCGAAUUCGAUGCGAUCGCAAGGUCCCUGCCUGCGCCAACUGUACAGCAGCAAAACUGCAAUGUCAGGGCUAUGGUCUUCGUCUAUCCUGGCCCAGAGCUGGUGACCGUAAAAGAGCCUUGUUGGCCCCUGAUGUCGGGUCCUGGGACAACUGUAAUGCGCCACCGGGGGGCGUUUCUAAUUCAAGAUAUUUCAUCAAUAUGCAAGACAGGCAUGUCGCUGCUUACUACAACGCCAUGUCCUCAAGUAGUGUUCGUGUUAUAACACAAACAGUAUUCCCAAACCAGCUACCGAAAUCCAUCCCUUUGUCACUAAUAGACGAGAAAGACACAAGUUUGCUCCACUAUUAUUUGCAAAAUGCGGCAAGUUUCUUCCUGAAUCCCUUGGGAUCUCUGGCACAGUUGCUCCUACAAAUUGGUCUUGCCGACUCCUCUCCGUCUUCUGCCGCCGUCUUGAACGGUCUCCUGGCAAUAUCGGCCUUGCAUGUCUCGGGCGAGGAAAGGGCCAUAAAAUUCAAAACUAAGGCAAUUGCUAUGACUCAGGCAUCAUUAAAUGCUGAAGGUUCCGGUUCGACUGUGAUUGCCAAAAUAGCUGCCAGUAUGCUUCUAUACUUAUACGAGACACUCCAUAUGUCAUCACCGAAGGCUUGGUCAACCUAUCUUGGUGGCGUUAAGCAAAUUCUUUUGUUGUCCACCGAAUGUAGUCCCUUUUCGAAAAGUUACCAGACCAUAUUAGACUGGAUCAUCUAUCACGAGACAAUGGCCAAGUUUGGGCAACUAUACUGGCCAAAAAACGGUGGGCUCACACCAUUUUGCCACAGGAGGGUUUCCAGUUUUUUCCGGGAGCACCAUGAAUAUGAGAAAACUGAUGAAAUGGAUGCCACAGGUUGUGAUCUACACAUCCUGGAGGUUAUCUCAGCAGCUUUUGACCUAACCAAUGGAAAGGGGGGAUUGGUUCCGUCACAGCCAGCAGAAUUUCUAGGACUCGAAUGGCAGCUCCGUACAAAGCUAAUGGAACUACCAGACUCAGGGUUGAUUUUGGGAACCUCGUCGUGGAUGCAUGCUACUACAAUAUUGCAUUGUCUUGCUGCACUGUUAUGGAUUAACCGUUCUGUCAAUGGCUACCUUGGGACUGAGGGAUCUCAUCAAUGGUUAGUAGCACAGGCUGUGAAUAUUCUUGAUCAGUUGACGAUAUGCGAUCUACCCUGGCCAUUGUUUAUCAUUGCUGGCGAAAUGCGAAUGGAAGAACAACGGCGGAUUAUGCUUAAAACUAUUGCUCAAACUCAGGAACGCUCCAAAUCAAACCACAUGGAUAUGGUCGAAGAGUUGGUGGAGGCAAUUUGGAACUACAAUGAUCUUGAUCCUUCUGGGCUGUUGCAAUACAACGACAAGCUACGCUGUGUUAUCCAGGCGUACCCAUGGAUAUUGCCGUUUACAUAG